UGUUAGUGGCCUCUACUAUAUAGGACUAGUUGAGUGACUGUAGCCAAGAUGCCAGGGCUUCCCCAACACUUACUGUUUCUCUGUCUGUUUAUUGGCCUUUUCCCCCCAGCCAUUGGAGGGAAUGGUUUGAGGGCACUGGCAAGGUCCAGUUCUUUGCCACUGAUUCGGACGCUGAUGGAACAUGGGCCGCAGGUACCACACGUGGCUGCCAAACGGGACUUUAACGUGCAGCACCUGCGUUUCAUGCUGGAGCUGUAUAGGAAAUCUGCAGAUAGUGAUGGCAGACCAAAGAAUGGCCGGCAACCAGGAGUUGCAGUGAGGCUGGUAAGGCCUGUAAACCAGUCAUCCUUUAUUGCAGAAGGUCACUGGCACGUACAGAAUCUUACUUUCAAACCCCAAGGUUUGGUACAAAUAAAGCAGUUGGUAAAGGCUACUGUAAUGCAUCCUGGUGCACUUGUUUUGGGUGAUGCUUGCUUCUCCUGCAAAUUGGAUUUUCUUGCAAAUGCUGGUAUCGUACUGAAGACCAGAGUUUUUCCUGGGAACCGAAAGUGGGCGGAGACGGAUUUCACAUCCCACCUCAAAGCUCUCAUUGAAGGUCCAAGGAUGCCUUUGAAUCUUGAGCUGCAGCUUAUAUGCAGGAAAGUUAGAAUGUACCCUUUUACGGCAGUCUCUCCUUCUUACAUCCCAUUCUUGCUCCUCUAUCUUAACCAAACUUUACACAGUAUAACCAGCGAAGAAAGGGUGGAAAAUGAGGAGCAAGGUAAUGAAGAGCCAAGCCUACUGAUAAGGAAACCUCGUCAAACAGGGGCCAUAGGUACUAAGCUUCCAAAGUUCUCAAACCAUAGUGGACAAUCAAGGAACUCAUGUGUCCUACGCCCAUUUUGGGUCAGCUUCCACCAGCUGGGAUGGGAUCAUUGGAUCAUUGCACCCCAUAGGUAUAAUCCUGGCUACUGCAAAGGAGACUGCCCAAGACUCCUUCACUCUGGUUAUAAUUCUCCCAAUCAUGCCAUCAUCCAGAACUUUAUAAAUCAGGUGGUUGAUGGGAGCAUCCCUCGCCCUUCAUGUGUCCCAUACUCGUAUGGACCAAUUAGUGUUCUUAUGAUUGAACCUGGAGGCAAAAUUCUCUACAAAGAAUAUGAAAAUAUGAUGGCGGAGUCUUGCACCUGUCGGUAGAAAUGAGCAGACCUUGCUUUCACUUUUGAAAAAAAUACAAGCACUUUAAAAAAAAAAAAAGUCACUUUAACUAUUUAAUAUAUUUUUGUAUAUUGUAUGUGUGUUUACAUGUGUGUUUGUGAUUUAAUGAAUUAUACUAUAAUUAUGCAGGUUUGCCCAAUAUUCCUGUGAAUUGUCCCUCUCCCAGCCAGAA